AGCAGUGUAAGACUGGAAACAUCUGGGCUGAAUGGACUUUAGCAUCAAAAGAAGUUCUCAACUGUUAACUCGAAAAAUUAACUACAUCAAAAUGAAGCAGGUACCAGAGAUCCUUGGAAAUACCAAUGGGAAAACUCAGAAUUGUGAAGUGAAUCGUGAGUGUUCUGUCUACUUGGGCAAAGCACAACUUUCUGCCACUCUACAAGAAGGUGUCAUGCAAAAAUACAAUGGCCAUGAGGCUCUUCCAUUUAUUCCAGCUGAUAAAUUGAAAGAUCUAACCUCUCGUGUGUUUAAUGGCGAGUCUGGGGCCCAAGAUGCCAAGCUGCGCUUUGAACCCCAGGAAAUAAAGGGAGUUGGAACACCACCCAACACCACUCCUAUCAAGAAUGGCUCUCCAGAAAUUAAGCUGAAAAUCACUAAAACCUACAUGAAUGGAAAGCCUCUUUUUGAAUCUUCCAUUUGUGGAGACAAUGGUGCAGAUGUGUCUCAGUCAGAGGAAAAUGAACAAAAGCCAGCAAACAAGGAGAGGAGAAACAGAAAAAGAAGCAUAAAAUAUGACUCCUUACUUGAGCAGGGUCUUGUUGAAGCAGCGUUAGUAUCAAAGACUUCAAGCCCCACUGAAAAGAAGGUUCCUGCUAAGAGAGAUCCAACUCAAAGUACCAUCAAAGAAGAUAAAGUCCAUCUGUUGAAGUAUAAUAUAGGAGAUCUAGUGUGGUCAAAAGUGUCUGGUUUUCCAUGGUGGCCAUGUAUGGUUUCUGCUGAUCCUGUUCUCCAUUCCUACACUAAACUAAAAGGACAGAAAAAGAGUUUUCGUCAAUAUCAUGUUCAGUUUUUUGGAGAUGCCCCAGAGCGAGCCUGGAUAUUUGAGAAGAGCCUUGUGCCCUUCAAAGAAAAAGACCAGUUUGAACAAUUAUGCCAGGAAAGUGCAAAACAAGCCCUCACUAAAGCAGAGAAAAUAAAGAUGUUAAAGCCUGUUUCAGGAAAGCUGCGGCCACAGUGGGAGAUGGGUGUUAAGCAAGCAAGUGAAGCAGUAGGCAUGACAGUGGAAGAACGGAAGGCCAAAUACACCUUCAUCUAUGUUAGGGACAGACCUCAUCUUAAUCCUCGAGUGGCAAAGGAAGUUGGCAUUGCUGUGGAACCAUUAGAGGAGAUAGAUGAAUCAUCUUACUCAAACGAAGAAACCACUCAAAAUCUGAAAUCGAUGAAGGAAUCUGGCAUUCCUAACAAGAGGAGGAGAAGGACAUCAAAAUUGUCUGCCACUGAUGAUACACAAGAAAGCAGUCAGUCGGGGACUAAGAAUACUACUCCUCAAAAGUCAUCUGAACAGGCAGAAUCCAAAAGAGGGAUAGGCUCCCCUCUCAAUAGAAAGAAAACUCCAGCAUCUACUCCGCGAAGCAGAAAGGGCGAUGCAGUAUCUCAGUUUUUGGUCUUUUGUCAGAAGCACAGAGAUGAGGUGGUUGCUGAACAUCCAGAUGCUUCAAGUGAGGAGAUUGAAGAAUUGCUCGAAUCGCAGUGGAACAUGCUUAGUGAAAAACAGAAAGCUCGCUAUAACACAAAGUUUGCCAUAGUGACCUCUCCCAAAUCUGAAGAAGACUCUGGUAACUUACAUGGAAAUAAAAGAAACCAAAAAAAGAGGACAAAGGAACCUACAGAAGAUUUUGAAGUUCAGGAAGCACCUAGGAAAAGACUCAGGAUGGAUAAACAGAAUAAUCGGAAGAGGGAGACAAGCAAUGACAAAACAGCAAAAACAAACUCUUCUAAGGUCACAGAAACCUCCUCUUCACAAAAGAACCAGUCAGCAACGAAAAAUCUGUCUGAUGCAUGUAAACCUCUGAAGAAGCGAAAUCGGGCUUCAGCAGCAGAAUCUUCAACUCUUGCUUUUAGCAAGAGUUCAUCUCCUUCAGCUUCCUUAACUGAGAAUGAGAUCUCCGAUGGCCAAGGAGAUGAGCGGUCAGAGUCUCCCUAUGAAAGUGCUGAUGAAACUCAGACUGAAGUGUCUAUAUCAUCCAAAAAAUCUGAGCGAGGAGCAGGAACAAAAAAAGAAUAUGUGUGUCAGCUGUGUGAAAAAACAGGUGAUCUCCUACUGUGUGAAGGACUUUGCUAUCGAGCUUUUCAUGUAAGCUGCCUUGGGCUCUCUGGAAGACCAGCAGGAAAAUUCAUUUGUAGUGAAUGUACAUCAGGUGUGCAUACCUGUUUUGUGUGUAAAGAAAGAAAGGCAGAUGUGAAACGCUGUGUCGUAUCCCACUGCGGAAAAUUCUACCACGAAGCUUGUGUGAAAAAAUUUCAUCUUACUGUGUUUGAGAACAGGGGGUUUCGAUGUCCUCUCCACAGCUGCCUAAGUUGUCAUGUUAGUAACCCCUCACAUCCACGAAUUUCAAAAGGAAAGAUGAUGCGUUGUGUUCGCUGUCCUGUUGCAUACCAUGCUGGAGACGUUUGCAUUGCUGCGGGAUGUGCAGUCAUCGCUUCCAACAGCAUUGUUUGUACGAAUCAUUUCACUGCCAUGAAAGGAAAAAGUCAUCAUGCGCAUGUCAAUGUGAGCUGGUGCUUUGUGUGUUCAAAAGGAGGAAGCUUGUUGUGCUGCGAGUCAUGUCCUGCAGCGUUUCACCCAGACUGUUUAAACAUUGAAAUGCCAGAUGGGAGCUGGUACUGCAAUGACUGCAGGGCGGGGAAGAAACUCCAUUUCCAGGAUAUUAUUUGGGUUAAACUGGGAAAUUACAGGUGGUGGCCUGCAGAAGUUUGCCAUCCGAAAAACGUUCCCCCAAAUAUCCAGAAAAUGAAGCAUGAAAUCGGAGAAUUUCCUGUGUUUUUCUUUGGUUCUAAGGAUUACUAUUGGACGCACCAAGCACGGGUGUUCCCUUAUAUGGAGGGAGACAGAGGGAGUAGAUACCAGGGGAUCAAAGGAAUUGGAAAAGUCUUCAAAAAUGCUUUGCAAGAAGCUGAAGCUCGAUUUCGAGAAAUAAAGCUACAGCGAGAAGCCAAAGAAACCCAAGAAAGUGAACGUAAACCUCCACCAUACAAGCAUAUUAAGGUGAAUAAACCUUGUGGUAAAGUGCAGAUAUAUACUGCUGACAUUUCUGAGAUUCCCAAGUGCAACUGCAAACCCACAGAUGAAAACCCUUGUGGCUUUGAUUCUGAGUGCCUAAAUCGGAUGCUGAUGUACGAAUGCCAUCCACAAGUUUGUCCAGCGGGAGAACGGUGCCAAAACCAGUGCUUUACAAAACGUCAAUACCCUGAGACAAAGAUCAUCAAAACGGAUGGGAAAGGGUGGGGUCUGGUCGCUAAGAGGGACAUUAAAAAGGGAGAGUUUGUGAAUGAGUAUGUCGGUGAGCUGAUUGAUGAAGAGGAAUGUAUGGCAAGAAUCAAAUAUGCACAUGAAAAUGACAUUACCCACUUCUAUAUGCUUACUAUUGAUAAGGACCGUAUUAUUGAUGCUGGCCCCAAAGGAAACUAUUCUCGUUUUAUGAAUCACAGCUGCCAACCAAAUUGUGAAACUCUAAAAUGGACAGUAAAUGGAGACACUCGUGUUGGCCUGUUUGCUGUGUGCGAUAUUCCUGCAGGGACGGAGCUGACUUUUAAUUACAACCUUGACUGUCUGGGCAAUGAAAAAACAGUCUGCAAAUGUGGUGCCCCAAACUGCAGUGGAUUUCUUGGGGACAGACCAAAGAAUUCUUCCACUAAUGCCUCAGAAGAAAAAGGCAAAAAGACCAAAAAGAGAACACGGAGACGCAGAACGAAAAAUGAAGGGAAGAAAGAAUCUGAAGACGAUUGUUUCCGUUGUGGUGACGGAGGCCAGCUGGUAUUGUGCGACAGGAAAUCCUGUACUAAAGCUUAUCAUCUCUCCUGUCUUGGUUUGGUGAAACGUCCUUUUGGGAAGUGGGAGUGUCCUUGGCACCACUGUGAUGUUUGUGGCAAGCCUUCUGUUUCUUUCUGCCACUUCUGCCCAAAUUCUUUCUGCAAGGAACACCAAGACGGGACAGUACUAAAUUCUAUGUUGAAUGGACAGUUAUGCUGCUCUGAACAUGUUCUUGGGGUGGAUUCUGUUGAAAAUCAGAAGACUGAGAAACCCCGCAAAAAACUGAACAAGUUGAAGCCUAAGAGAAAGCAGAGGAACAGAUGGAUGAGAGCUGAAUGCAAAUAGUCAUGGACUGCAGUUUCUACUGCCAACACUAUCUUGUAGAUAAGUUGUGAAUAUGACCAGGGAAGGACACAAUUUUACAUAUAUUCUGUAAAGGUUACAUGGGGGGG